AAUGACGAAUAUUGAGUAGAAAAGUGCUUUUUUUAUCAAUUCAUUAUUGGUGGGCAUGAUUUUAGUGGGUACAUUCAAUACUUUAGUCUAUAAGUAUUAAAAUACAACAGUAAUUGAGGGAGUAACAUUUAUACAUCCUUAUAUGCAAGUAUUAUUAAUAUUAAAUAAUAGGCUUUAUGUAUGUUUGUAGGGGAAGCAACUUGUUUAAUUUUCUACUUUGCAUUUUAAAUGAAAGCUGAGAAAGAUCCAAAUAAAGAAGAUGGUGGAUUUAAGAUAUUGUCAAUACCAGCAUUAUUUGAUGGGAUUACAUCAUCUUUGCAACAUGUCGCCUUAAAUUUCAUUCCAUCAUCUAUUUAUUAAAUGUUGAGAGGAGGAGUAUGAUUAUAAACAUCUAGCUUAUGAUAGUGACAGCCGCAUUUUCAAAAUUUGUACUAAAGAAAAAAUUGUCAAAUUAGCAAUAAUUUGGAAUUCUUUUGGCCAUACUAGGUAUAUUCAUUGUAGGAUUGUCAAAUUUUCUAUUUAGAAAAGCAAAAACUGAUGAUUUCAGUUGGGAGAUUAAAUUGAUAUCAAUAGCUUUAAUCAUAGUUUCUCUUUUCACUUAAGCAGCUUAAUACAUAUUUGAAGAAAAACUAUUUAAAUAAUAUAAUUAUCAUGUAUUUUAUGUUGUGGGUGUUGAAGGAAUGUGGGGAUUAUUAUAUUUCGGUAUUGUGAUGCCCAUACUCAAUUUUAUACCAUGCAAUUUUAAAGAAGGAUGUGUAUUUAGAAAGGGUUAGGGAUAUUGGGAAUGUACAGAUGUAUUUUUCCAAUAAUUAGGAGCAGAUGUAUGGUUGACAGUAUCUGUCGUUAUGGGUAUCUUUAGCAUAGCACUUUUUAACAUCUUCGGUGUUAAUGUCACUAAAUAUGUUUCUGCUUUAACUCGUACUGUUGUUGAUACUAUCAGAACAAUUUUGAUUUGGGGGAUUGGUCUAAUAGUCACUGCUACAACUUCUAGAGUAUGGGAAAAUACGUCAAAGUGGGCUAAUUUGAUUGAAUUGAUAGGCUUUGUUUUAUUGGUCUUUGGUAAUUUGAUAUACAAGGAAAUGUUAAAAGUUAGAUUUCUUUAAAAUAAAAAGCAAGUCUUAAUAGAGGAAUAAUGA